CUAUGUGCAAAGUGAGUUUUUGAUUGCCAUCCGUCAAAUUUGUCGCACCAAUCAGACGGAACGUUGCACCUGACCUUAUUGAGGACCAUGUUAAACAUUAACGAACAUUUUGCCCUGAGCAGACGAACCACGCUAGAGUCAAGGACCAUGGGUAUCGUGGAGCAGUAUAAUGGUACGACUGGUGCGGAGCGGCGUUUCCCCCAGCCCUCUCCUAACGGUCUGGCCACCAACCGUAAACUCGUGGGGGUGGAGGGCAAGUGGUACGACGUCACCAGUUUCGUGCACCGCCACCCUGGUGGGGAAAUCAUCAACUACUUCAUCAACAAGGACGCCACGGAUGUGUUCCGAAGCGUCCAUCCGAAGGGAGGGGAGCACCUUAUCAAGUAUUUAAAGGCCGUCGGCUCCUACACCAACAGUGUGACGGAGGACCCGUUCAACCGCGACAUGCGGGAACUAUACAACAGGCUGCAGAAGGAGGGAUAUUUCAAACCGGACUUGAGGUGGUAUGCCAAGAAGUACGCCGUGUGUUUGGUACUGCUCUCCUUAGUCAUCACUUUCGUGGCCGGGUUUCAGUCGUCCUGGGCGCACGGGCUGGCGGGAGUUUUCCUGGCGCUUUUCUGGCAGCAGAACGGUAUGCUCAUGCACGACAUUCUCCACCACCAGGCGUUCGACAACCAACGGCUAACCUACCUGGCGGGACUCGUGGUGGCGCCGCUGAGUUUCGGCAUGAGUGCAAACUGGUGGCGGGAUGAACACUGGGUACACCACGUGCUCCUCAACAGUGUCUCGUACGAAGACAACUUCGUGGACCCGCAAAUGUGGGAGCCCGUCUGGGCCCAGAACACUAAGUUAUUCCCGCUCUUUCAGACCCACAUCCAGGCGCUCCUUAUCAAGAUACAGCACAUCAUUUUCAUCCCUGUGUGCAUGAUCGCCGGCCGGUUUGGUAUCAUCAUCGACAGUAUGAAGCGGGAGACGGACCUGGGCACCUGGGCGGCCUUCUGUGUGCACUGGAUCGCCAUGGCUCUCCUCCUGUCCCUGCUGCCCAACUGGGAGGAACGGUGUUUGUUCUACGGUGUGGCGAUGUUGGGUGAAGGCGUGUUACACAUACAGCUGCUGAUCAGUCAUUACUCCAAGGACAUGUACCAGAAGGAGGAGAUGCACGAUAUGGAGUUCUACAGAUACCAGGUGAUGCAGAACAUCAACAUCACCAACCCCUGGUGGAUGGACUGGUUCCACGGCGGCCUCAACUUCCACAUCGAGCACCACUGCUUCCCGCGCGUGCCCAGACACUGUAUGCGCCAGGUGGGCUCCAUGAUCCAAGAGCUGUGCAGAAAGCACGACGUGCCAUACGACACGACCGGGUUCUUCAACGCUGUCUGGCGGACGCUGGUGGGACUGCACCAAGCACAGAAACUUUUCAAGCUGGACCCAAGAUGAGCAGAACAAACGGGAGGUUCUUUGCCGUUCGUGCCUUGAUGUUACUCUAGGCAAUAAUGUCCUUGCUUAAUGAUAGAUUAACCAGGGAGGGUCGUGUUGGGAAGGGGUGAAAAUGUUUGUAGAAUGAUUUGUUCAGAUAAAUACCCAAAGCUCACAAUGCAAGAUUUUCAACUUACAUUUUCACACACCCCACGUCCUCCCUUAACUGUUGUUUGUAUAAAAAGUAUUUGAGAUUACUGGCUAAUGCCUACAGUUGCAGUAUAUUCCAUGGUGACACUUUAUUGAUGUGUGUCAAAGAAAACAGUGACGAGUAUCUGUUGUCAAUGUACCUCAAGACUGAAAUAAGAUGCAAAUUUUGUUGUAAUUUGUGCCAGGUAACAAGUAGGACGAAUAUGUUUGAUGACCACAAAAUUCAGGAAAUGUUUAAUAGUUAUUUCGCUGCGUGACCUCGGCCACAUUGUUAACCUGGAACCCAGACCGCUCCCAGGGUAGCUCUUGGGCACUUUAGGACGUAGGCAAAAUCACCGGGGUGGUUAGCCCAAGUUGGUCAGGUAGGGAUACCAGCUUACACUGCCGAGAACCAUGUAGGUUAGACAGAGACUGGUGACCAGGCUUAAUACCACAUUGUGAUUUCCUCAGACAAAUUAGAAUAAACUCUUGCGUGAAGUCAUUUCUUACUUAUUCUGCGUUCACAGACUCAACUAGACUGCAUGACUUGUUAGUUCGUACUACAAAGGCAUAAGUACAUUUUAUCGAUAGACCUUGGUGAUUUUUGUUAGAAUCUCAUCUUAGAAGGUCUAAAGUUCAGGAAGAUUACAUACAAGUUUUUGUAUUAAGUAGUAAAAAAAACUAAUCUAAUAAUCAUUUAUAGCCAGAUCAGUGCAUGAAGAAUUUUCAUUUGCCUCUGUGUUCAUAAUGUUCUUGUUUUUGUAGUACAAGUAUGGGUGCUCUUUCAUAACUGCUGUACACUAUACUACAAAAUGUACAUAUUGAGUGAACGAUUGCUACAUACUAUAUGGUUGUGGUUGUUGUUGUUGUGUUGCACGUUAUAUCAAAUUGUACAUGAACACUAUCAGGUGCUGUAUUUUAUUCUUCAAAUUCUGUCAUGCCGAUUGAGAUUCACUAAUUGAUAUCCCCGCGGUAUGUUGUGUGUAGAUUAUAGGUGAAAAAUGUCAAUCUAUAGCAAAAUGAUUAUGUGCCACCCACUGUCCAACGCAGUUGUGCAUGUUUGUUGCGAUUGGCUUUUGAUAAACUUUAAUAUGACAAAAUUAAUUUGUAUAUUCUGUUUUUAUAUUACAUUUGUUGUCCAUUAACUGUCCCUACUCUGUUGUGCAUGUUUGUUGCGAUUUGAUUU